CUUUCCAUUUUCCUCCAUUGAUUCUGCUUCAUUUUAUUUCAUUCCCUUCGCAUUCUUCCAACCCUCUCUGUAUUUUUCUUCCCCCUUUCAUCAAAUUAUCCUUUUGCUCUUUGUUCUUCCUCCCAAACCUUACUGCACUCUCCAAACAGAUCCAUUUUCUUCCUCCAUACACCUUCGGGUGUUUACCCUUUCCCCCCUUUAAUUCAACCCAAACAUCCAAACCAUAAUCAAAACCCCCAAAUUUCCCCCCAAAACCCAUAACCAAACAGAUCCUCAUUCCUCCAAUCAAAUUGCUUCCGAACAAUCUCAAAACAUUAAAUAAAUAAUUAUUAAACGAAGCUUAUCCAAAAUCGUUGACCACAUUCAGGGUUUAUCGAAAACCAGAUAAAGAAGUAUUCUUUUUUUGGAGGUUUCGACUUUCGAUUGUGUUAUAGGAAUGUUGGGUACUAGUGGGUUACACUACGCUCGUGGCCGCGGAGAGGACCGGUUCUACAAACCGGUUCAGGCGCGCCGGUUCAUGCACAGUGUUGACAACGAUAUACUGCGUAGAGCUCACAGUGACGUCACGGCGAGCCGAUCGGCCAGAGAGAAAUCGAUCAGGGAGCCGGAGGACCGGACUGGUUCUGAUGAGCCGAAGAAGACCGUUGCCGUGCCGUCUUGUGAACCGGCGUCGAACCGGUUGAGUAAUCUCGAGCGGUUCUUGCAGGCAAUUACGCCUUCUGUGCCUGCUCAGUAUUUAUCUAAGAGGUCCAUGCGAGGAUUUCAUAUGAGUAAUGUGGAGUUUCAGCCAUACUUUGUUCUUGGUGAUCUAUGGGAAUCUUUCAGGGAGUGGAGUGCAUAUGGUGCUGGAGUGCCACUUGUGCUGAAUGACAAUGAUAGUGUUGUUCAAUAUUAUGUCCCCUAUCUUUCUGGAAUUCAAAUAUAUGCCACAACUGUUAAGCCUUCUUUACAGUCAAGGCAACGAGGCGAGGACAGCGACAGUGAUUUCAGGGACUCCAGUAGUGAUGGUAGCAGUGAUUGUGAACCUGAAAGAGGAUUUAAAUGCUUAAGUGAGCAUAGGAAUCUUCUCCAUCUGUCAGAUGAGGUACCUCAUUGGAUGGACAGAUUAUCUUUGAGAGACCACCCUACUGUCCCUCAAGAUGUCUUUUCUAGUGAUGAUGGUGAAUCUGUCAAUUCUCAGGGCUACCUACUUUUUGAGUAUCUUGAACAGGACCCUCCUUACAGCCGUGAGCCUUUGGCUGAUAAAAUAUUGGACCUUGCAUUCCGUUUUCCUGAGCUGGCAACACUUAGAAGUUGUGAUAUACUACCAUCUAGUUGGAUAUCUGUUGCAUGGUAUCCGAUUUACAGGAUACCGACUGGUCCAACAUUGAAAGAUCUUGAUGCUUGCUUUUUGACAUACCACUCUCUUUAUACAUCUAUGGGAGGUUUACCAAGAGUGCAAGCUCCUGUAGUGUCAUACCCUAGUGAUAUGGAUGGUGUCCCUAAGAUGUCCUUACCUGCUUUUGGUUUUGCUUCGUACAAGUUCAAAGGAUCUCUGUGGACUCCUAAUGGUGGAUUUGAGCGCCAACUAGCUACCUCUCUUGUGCAGGCUGCUGACGGUUGGUUAAGACUGCUUCAGGUCAAUCACCCAGAUUUCAUGUUUUUCAGCCGUAGAUGAUAUUAAGGUGCUUGUAACUAUUUUUCUUCGGCCAUUAUGAAGUUGGGCCUAACUAUUUGCUAGUACCAGCUUGGCCUAUAUUUUAAAUGUUAUAACUUAAUGAAAUCAGAGUUACUCACCUAAUCGACAGAAGAAAAAUGUAAAAAAGAAAAAAGAAAAUAGAAAAAGAAAGAGAGAUGUUAAGCCGUCCUCUGUGAUUCGCUGCUAUAAUAAAAAGUAAUGGGAAGAAAGCCAGCGAAGCUCUGGAUAAACAUCAUUAUGAAGGCUUCUUCAGAAUAUGUUCAUGGUGGAUGUAUAGAUUAAGAGAAGAUUCAGGUGUGUUACCUGUUAUGAGGUGGUUUUGUUAGCUAACAUUAGUUCGAAGCCCCACACCAGUUGUUUCUUGUCUUUGUCCAACUAUAUUUAUGUUGGUAACUGGUAAGGUUACAUAGAGAACAGGCUGUAUUUUCUGUCCUGAUGUCAACAUUUACACCUAGCUUUAAUUUAUGGGGGACAUUGCUGAAAGUGGUGUUAGGGGUAAUCAUUUGAAUUCUAACAGUUCACUUUCUUAGCUGCAUUACGUGUAGAACACUUUUCUUU